AUGUUAAAAAAUGGUGUCGAACGGGGCGAAACGCUGGGGGAGUGCCGCGCGUGCUUGCAACCAUGCACCAGGGGUGAAACACACGAAUUGUUUAAAUGCUGGGAUCAGCCGUGGUUUGGCAUGGAAGAAACAAUAGCAGAGGAUUUAAUUAAACUUACCAGUAUACAGAUAUUAGAUACAGAUGUUCACUCAAAAGUAAUCUGUCAUCCGUGUUAUGUUAUUUUGCAAAAAGCAAACGAAUUUAUACAGACAGUAAGAAAAAGUGACCUGCUAUUGAGUUCAAGAUGUUCUAACAAUGAGAGCAGAGUGUGUGAUACAAAUUGGCCAAAACCUAUACAAGUAGACAAGAAUUUACAUUUAUAUGACAAUGUGGAAAUCAAGGAGGAAUUGUUAUCAGACGAGGAGUACAUCCCUGGGGGUGGAAGCAAUGAGUGUGAGUUUUCAAAUGUAGAAGUUAAAAUUGAAGAGGACUGGCAAGAACAAUCCCCACAUAUAAAUGGAGUCUUGUCACUGAGCCAUCUAAAUGAAGAAAUGGCAAAGAUAAAUGGUUGUGUAUCUGAAUCUGAGGUUAAUAGUGAAUGGAAUAAUGUAGCUACUCAGCAAACAAUGAGAAAUGGGCUUGGAAGAUGUAAGGAUUUAGAUGAUAUAAAUGAAAAUACACUUGAAAUGAGGAUAAAGGAUGAGCCUAACAGUGAUCCAGAAAUGGAGAGCACAGCCUCUGAUAUAUCUCUGGAGUGUUUUCUGUGUUCCAAAUCAUUUUUAUGUAUAAGUGGGCUUAAGGCCCACGUGAUAGCCCAACAUUCCUACAAAACAGUUAAGAGAAAAAGUAGCGACACAGAUGAAAAUCAAUUAAAAUAUACUUGUAAAACUUGUCAGAGAAGGUUCAUGACAUCCACAGACUUGAUGGUCCAUGAGACGUGUCACAGUAAAUGUAUAUGUUAUGAAUGCAAUUCCAAUUUUGAAACCUUUAACCAAUUGACGAAACAUAAAUGUAAGACUGUAAAUGUGAAGGAGGUUGGUAAAGUGCUUAAGCUUGAGGAUGUGCAGCGAAUGGCUAACGUAGCACACAGAAUCUUGGAAGUUAUGACUAAGUACACAAUAUUUUGUCAAGACUCAGAAUCGGGAAAUAUUGAUGAGUGCUAUCAAGCUCUUUUGGCACUCAUCACACAAAAAGAGGAAUCAACAUAUGAUGUACUGUCAGAUGAUGAUGACAUUUCUUGGAAUGCAUCUGACAUAGAGCCAUGUGAUGAUGUGUUAAAUGAAUAUGAUAAAAACUUUUUUUCCAAUAUCAAUUAUUUAGGUUCAAAAUCCUUUAUAGAUGUUGAAACCACAAAUUCCAAUGAUUGUGCUAAAGAUAUCAAUUCAGACAUGGCUUUAAAGAUAUUGAGCAAUAUAUCUCCUGUUGUUAGAUUAACUCGCCUAAGGAUUCCAGGAUUAUGUGAUUGUUCUUCGGCUGAUUCUAUCGAUUCCUAUGAGAAUGUAAAAUAUUUAGAUAGUAUGAAUAUGAAACAUGGUGAUGAUACACAUAUACCGGCAGCUGUGGACGAAGUUGAAAAACAAAAUGAUAUUAAACAAAGAAGUUUAUCUGAUAGUGUGUAUUCAAUAUCCAGCAAUGAUAGCACCUCUGGAGAUAAUGUUGCGAAUUGUGUAAUAGACAAUGAUAACAACAUUGAUGGCUCUGUAUUUCACACUAGAAAUAGAGUAUAUAAUGAAAUAGCUAGAAAAAUCUUGGUGAAUGUAAGAAGUUUGGAUUCCACACAAAAAGAUAAAGUGACAAGUAAUUAUGACACUACUCUUCUUACGCCUCCUAUUAACCAGUUGGAUACAGUAUCUUUACAAACAGGCUAUGAUCAAAUUGGAACUAAAUCUUUGAGUAAAUGCAUGGUCAAUUCCAACAUUGGUGAAUUAAACAAUGAAGAAUUUUGUAUAUAUGUAUCUGACCAUGAGCUGCAUUUGGAAGAUAAUGAGUUAACAAAAAACACGGAAGUCGAUUAUAUUUAUGAUUCUGAUGAUGAGCUUCAUUUAGAAGAAUAUGAGUCGGAUAUGGACACAUUCUCAAAAUAUGUGCACAGAGAAAUACUUCCAAGAAGUAUUAAAGUUGUAGAAGAAAAAUCUGACUUAUUUAAUCUGCAUUCACUUGGUUCUAUUUGCACAUUGCAAAAGACAGAUAAUUCGAAAAAUGUGCCUUGUCCAUCUAUUCAAAUAAACAAGAAUAUUAAUUCUCCAUCUAAUUUGAAUCUUAACAACUUUUCUUUUAAAAAAUCUGCAAACUUAGCAGUAAAAGACAAAGAUAUUUCUCAAAUAUCUGUUGAAAAUAACAUAGUUGAAAAGGAAAGCGAAAAUUGCUGUAUUUUACUAAUUGAUAACGACGACUACGUUAAUAAAGAAAAGACAAUCACGCCGUCUAAUUUUAAUAAAUCAGAAAUCUCCACAAAUUUGUCCAGUGUCAAUGUUUCUUCCGAUGGCACUAAAUGCAAUUCGAGUAAUGUAACUAAUUCAAAAACGGCUAGAGAAGGACUUGUUUCAAAUAUUAUGAAAACUAUUAAAGAAGAUGUUUAUUUAGACAAUAAAUAUGAUGAAACUAAAGAUGUAGAUUUUGUGACUUUCAGUAGAAACGAAGAUGACGGAUUACCACAUCAUAUGACUCUGAAAAUACAUAAUAAAGAUAAUACAUGGGAAUUACCAAGAAUAAAAGGUAAAGAUGGUACAUUUACAUUCAGACAUAAAUUAAGAAGAGAAUUAUUGCUGGGGUGUUCCAAUCUCUGUUUGUAUAAAUGUGGACAAAAUUUCACUUACAAACAGCGGCUUCGAAUAUUUAGUAAUUUUUGGAGAAGGGACACAGAAGCGCAGGAGACAUUUCUUAAUCGAUACGUGCAUCUUACACUACGAAAAUAUGUUCCUACGAGUCAGGGAAAUAGAAACAUUUAUAGACAUAAGUUUAUGUUCCCAAAAUUAAAUAAAAUUAUUCGUGUUUGCAAAAAAUUUUUCGAAUGUACACUUGCACUAACAAUGUUAAACAGAAAGAAGGACCAGUUGAGCAGUAAAAAGAAGAGAAAUAAAUCUGACCCUGAAGAUUGUAGUGAACAAAAAAUCAAUGUAACAAGCAGUUCAAAUGUAAAAACUUAUUAUAACCCGCGCAAAAAACUUCUUAACAAUGAAAAUAGCGAAAUGUGCAGAGCCUUCUCUCGUGACUGCGAAACGGAAACUAAUCGAACAAGCCAAAUAAUAGAUACAAAGAAUGAAUCCCGAAUUGAUACACGGCAAAAAGAAAAUGAACAUACAAAAAGCAACAAUGAACAACAGGACGUUUCCAGUAUUCCUGAUACGAAUAACGUACGAAUACGUGCAUCAAUGAACAUAUCUCAUUCUUUAGUCAUUGGAAAUAACACUGAUUUCGAUCACCAAUCAAUUACUGAUAAAACGCAUCACAAUACUUGUGUAUCAAGCGUAGAUUUUACGCCACUUGAUUUGUCUACUAGCGAGGUAAUUAUAAAUAACACGGAUAGCAGUUGUCAAAUAAUUGAUGAAGAUCACAAAAGUAAGAAUAGUGUUGAAAUUCAUAUGAAUGAAGGUGUCGAUGACAACGUAAUAGGAACUAAAGCAAACUUUGUGGAUAGUGCCUUAAACACUCUUAACCUCGACAAAGAUAAGACCAAAGAUCACGUAUGUAACCAACCUGACAAUCAUCAUAAUGAGUUUGACACUAAUGUUUACAUGAAUACCAAUACAAAGGAUUUUGAUGAAAUGAAAUUAAUUAUUUUAGAUACAAAAGCUUCUGAAUCACGUACCGAUUUUCACGAUACGGGUUAUGGAAGUGAUAUUUCCACAGCCUGUAUCAUGAAAAUCCACCCCACGACGGAAGCCGAUUAUGAUACAUCAAAUACUGUAAAAAAUGGUUCAGAUGUAUCCGAAUCUGAAAAAGCUAAGUCUGGCAAUUCUUUUAUUUCUGAAACGUUAAGUACAGGAAAUAUCAUUAUCUCCAAUUACAAUGCCGACGAUAAAACUGAGAAAGGUCAUCAGACCGAGAUCUGUCAUAGGUCUGCUACCGAAAUUCUAGCGUCCACUCGUAUAAACAAAAAAGAUAUUUGUAAUUAUUCAAAUCUAGCAAUUUAUCCCCGAGGAAUUGUUGGUAAAGGUUAUAAAUUUAUUUUUAAAUAUAAAAUUUCCAAUACUUUAAUGCCGGGAUGUACAUAUUGCAGAUAUAAGUGUAUUAAACGAAUAUCCCAACAGCAACGUCGAAUACUUUUUGAUAAAUUUUGGACAAUGACUAAAGACGCUCAAAGAAAUUUUCUUAAUAAUCAUGUCUACUUAAUAAAUCCUCUUAAACAUUUCAAAAAAGGCACACGACGAAAACUAAAUCAUUCUUUCUAUUUGCCUGUCCUCGACCAAAGAAUACAAGUAUGUAAAAAAUUCUUCAUAAACACGCUAUCUAUUCUCAUGGUUGAUAUCGAUAAAUAUUUUAAUAACGUCAAGGUGCUGGAGAAUCGUAUGAACCCGUACGUCAAGCUUACAGACAUCAAAUUGGAUAAAAACUUGCUUCAAGUGGAUAAAAAUAAUCAUGUUUUACACCCAGGCUUUUCAAAUACACUACAUCAAAACAAUACUGCAAGUAAUUCAAGUGAUCUUAACAAUGAUUCGAAGUUAUGCGUUCAAGACGAGUCUUACGGUUUGAAAGAAACAAAUUCAUUACAACCUACUGUGAAACCGCCUAAUAAAUGUUUGCCCGAAGCUGCUUUUCAACAAAUCAGUCUUGACAUCGAUAAUUGCUCAUCUAAUUCUGAAAUACACUCUCCAAAAUUUGCACAAAUGUCAAUAGUUGAUUCGCAACUUACUAGUUUAAGUGAUGUUAACGUUUGCAAUGAGUUGGAUGUUGUGAGUAACACACAGAUGCAGAAAGCAGACGAUGCAGGAUGGACGCCAUGGUUAAUUCAAGGCGAGUGUCAAGAUUCUGGCCCUCACAAAGAAGAAAUGCAAUCCUUUAAAGACAUUUUGGAAGAUUGGGCACAAAUAAAUUGUAAAGACAAAAUGAGUAUUAAAACUAAAUUUGAUGUUUUUAAAUCAAAUCGAGAUAGUAAAAAAUUGUCCGUUGAAUUUUAUUCCAAUGACACCCAAUUGAGCGACAUCCCGGUUUUAAGUGUUUUCUGUGAAAAUAUCGAAAAUUUGAUAAAAACAGAUGACUCUCACCCAAAGAUAACUGAAGAAGAAGUAAUCACAUGUCCAGUCACGAUUACAAAAGCAAAUUCCAGCCUCUCCACGGAUACUGAAGAUAUCGUACCAAUUUCUGACACGGAAUCUUGCAGCCUUAAAGAUGACAUGUCAAUUAAUAGCCAGAACCCUGUUGAGCUAUGUACAAAAUUCGUCAGGGCAAUUUUAGCUCAUACGGAUGAAAAGACCCAAGAAGAUCUACUGGAUUCCGAUAGCCUUGUUAAUAAGUGCCAACUGGAUCAUGAAAAUGAUCAGGCAAACAUCAGGGAUAUCUUUGUCGAUAAUCGGUUGCAACUAAAUAUUCAGACCGCAUCGGAUUCAGACAAAAACUUCAAUGAGGUGAAAACAAACACAUCGCCGGCUUGCGACGAGUUUCCAUCUGCGCUCGACACUAAUCAUGCAUGUGAUGUAGAUAUGCCCGAUUUAGUAACGCCACCAAAGCAGGAUUCUUCAGAGUCAGAUAACAAUUGUGAAGCCAACGCAAGAACGUCCACUGCCACAGAUAUGAAUACACUUAGUUUAGAGACGGAAAUAAGCAAGAAUCGUGUCCUAAACCAGGAGACAAAAAAUAAAAGAAAUCACGUAAGAAAUGAUAGAAUAGAUUGUAAGAAACGGAUAUUGAGUCAAGACAAUAGCGAUUCAAUAAAUACAGAGCGUGAUGUUGCGUCAGUGAUAAAUCCAAAACAUCUUAAGAUUAAUAGGGAAAUUAUUAAAGAGGACUCAGAUCACUCAUCUUUACUGACCGAAAGCUACGACGAGCUUAAUACUAGCCACCGUGGUAGUCCUUCAUCUUUUAAAGGAGGAUCUGGUGAAGAUACGUCGAUGGCUGCAUCUAAACCGCACCAGGUAUUGGGUCGUUCUCAAAUAAAUGACAUCCGUUUAAAUCAGGAUGACGUGCAGCCAAAUAUUUUUUAUGUUAAUUUAAGUUUGAGUAAUCCUCAAGCAGUUAAUGUUCCUACGGAGGCAAUUGUAUCAGACUGUGAUAGAGAUACUUCACAACUCGAUAUGGACACGAACGAUUGUGCAAGUAAGGAAUUUACAGAUUUGACUGAAGCGAGUGUAUACAGAAGAGAAAAGGCCCUUCACUCAUCUCGCGUCGGUGUCGAAUUUAAGCAGCUGUCCAAUAUACAUUUUGAACCGAUGUCCUUACAGACAAGUGUGGAUACGAGCCAGUUUCACUAUGUAGAAAAUAUGCAGUAUACGCCGAGGAAUGACCUAGUCCUAUCCAGCUAUGACACGUUUAAUUACCCCAGUUGGAACGACAGUGAGAAUCUACAGGUCGUCGCCAACACUGAGCCUGACGAAGGCUUCCAAUCGUUUAAAUCGAUUCUUAGUGAUUGGGCAUCGCCUAUCGUCGCCAAACCGGAAAUUAAACUGAACUGUCCACAUUGCCCCGACAUGUUCACGGAUGCGUAUUACCUAGAUAUACAUAUAGAUAUUUGUCACCCUCCUAGCGAAGGUGGCCGCUCCAACUCAUCUGACGCGGAGAUGGAAACCGAAGCUCUUGAAAGUAUAUUAGGCGGUUAG